AUGUCGCUGCAUGCGGGGGAGGUGGGGCACGAUGACGUGAGCGACGGCCGCAGGGAGAGCGCUGCGAAGCAAGCCGGUGUGGAUCUGGAGCAGCUGCAGCUUAUUCAGCUCUGCUUCGGCGAACACGAGUUUGGCGUGGCGUUGGACAACGUGGCGACCGACGACGUGCAGGAAAGGCAACAAGACGGCGCCGGGCCUGACGCGGUGUCACAGCACAACAACGACCACCAGCAGGGCGGCCUCGGUGUCGCGUUCGAGUUUGAUUCCUUUCUGUUUGUCCAGGAGAAGCUGGACCACGGCGUGCCGCUCCGUAGUUUGUGUCGUGACCUCGAGACGUUCGCAAAGUUUUUGGACAGCAGCAUUUUGCGGCACGUGAACAUGGAGGUCCACGACUCCUUUGUAAAGGUCUCUGGGCACCUUGUUGGGAUGCAGGACGAGCUGCGUUGCGUGCAGCAGCCCGUGCUCGCCGCCGUGAAGAAAGUGGAGGGGGCAUUGGAGAAACUCGCGCAGCUUGAGGAGGCAGUUCAUAGCCAACUAGGAGACGCGACCGAGGUGGAACUGGCCCGUCUCUUCGAUGUGAGUUUUCUUAAGCUUCUUCUUAUGCUUGAUUUGCUCUCUGAGCGAGUUGAGGCGCUUCCCACUUGUAUGCGCUCCACGGCGGCUGACGCCAAGCGGCAGCAGCAGCUGAGACACAGCGACAGCUUUUCCUUGGCAACUAUGGCAAUGGCGGCGGGCAGUCCACACGUGUGUGAGGCGCUUCUUGAUAUUGCCGUCACAGUGCAGCAAUGGAAGGCUCUUUAUCAGACUCUGCCACGGCUCUCGCAACGUGCAAGGGAGUGUGAGGAGGCGUCGGAGCUUCUUCGCGAGGGCACGCAGUUGGCACAUCGGGUGUUUUCAAACGCGUAUCUUGCACUUCAUGAGGCCUAUCUGCAGGACCCACGAGAAGAGUUGAAGCCCGCGUUGCGUGUAGUCAUGGGGCUGUACCGCACAGCUGGUGAAGUGCGGGAAUUUUGCCGCAUGUACCGUGAGCGGAUUCUGCGGCCGCUGCUUGAAUCUGUGCUCUCAUGGCGGGCCGCCACACAAGCCCGCUACAGUCUCGGGGACACAAGCAAUCUCCUGGCAGAUCUGCGGGAGCAACUGGAGACGAAGGUCCUGUGUUUCGUACCGCUACUUUGGGAGUCUUUUGAAGGUGCUGUCUUGCCGAUUCCCAUGAUUGUCUGGCCUGCCGUGUGCGAGGCGGUCGUGAAGAAGCUUGUCUCGCUCUACGACAUUAGCGUGGCUGACGCCUUUCAGAAGCGCUACGUCGCGGCACAUGAGCUGCUUGCUCUCAUGGUGGCUAACUGCAGCUCCGCAGAGGAGCUGCAGGCGCUGAUGCAGUCGCCUGAUGUUGCACUCUGGAGGCACAAGUGGAACACAGACGUGUACGGCACGAUACGGGCCAAUGAGUUAUCGAAGAAAAUAGACGAUGCGAUUCAAGCGUUUUGUGCAACGCCAUGGGAGCAAUUGGCUCGGCAAGCACCGAAGCAGCCGGAAGAGCACAUUGUGGGGGAUGCUGGGUUCCGCAUGGAGCUUUUCACAAAACUGCGGGAGGCGCUGGAUUGGCUCUUCUCGCCUGAAGUUUACAUUUACAUCUUGACGCCAAAGUUCAUUCGUGAGGCGGCCGCUGCAAUGCGUAGGGUGGUGCAAAAACUGCUCGAGCACGCGGAGGCUGCCCAAGAUGCAGCUUCAAUGCAGGACUGUCUGUAUGCUGUCAUGACUGCCUGUGUCGAUCUUGAGGACCUCGCGGCGUACGUUGAGGGGCCAUUUCGUAUGCGAUUAGAAAAGGCGAGUCAACAGCCGUUCCCCGCCACAUCGCCUCUUCUGCAGCUUCUCACACAAGACACGUGUCGUAGCGCCAUCGUCUCUCUCCAUCGAGUGGUGCAGAACCGCCUGGCGGAGGAAUGCCUUGUCGGUCUUCAGAAUAUUCGUUCGGUGAGAUCGGCGUACUCACACAUGCGUAAGCCAUUCCCUACGACGCCGUCGUGGUAUGUCGCCAGCACAAUAGAGCCACUACAGCGCUUUUAUACGGCCGUGCGCACGUUAUUGCCCCCAGCGACGCGUCAUGGUAUGAUGGUGGAAUUGGUGAUUGAGGUGGCGAGCCGUUUUCGUACACUUGCGAAGGAAACACUUGUGACGGCGAAGAAGACGGAAGAGAGUUGGGAAAAGCUGCGGCGUCGUAAAGAAACAACAAACGGUGGGCGUGGGCCGGAGGCUGAGGCCGUUUCGGGGCAUGGUCAUCCUUCUUCUUUUUCGGCUGCUGCGGCUGCGGCUGCGGCUGCUAGCGUGCGACCCACGCAAGAAACCGCGUCGGACCGUGACAAAAUGACGCUCCAGUUGUACCUUGACGCCAAGGCCUUUGUAAGGGAGGUGGAGACGACGCUGGGACUCGGGGCGGAGGCUGAAAAGCUCGCUGCCGUUGUCGCACUCUUUAAGCUGCUGCGCCGGGCCAACUGGAUUAUGGGCGAGGAUAUACCCGAGCCGCCAGAUAUCGAUGAAGCGGGGGCGUAA